GGAAGUGCUACCUACUGUAACGACGACAGCGAUUGUUUCAACAGUGAGUCCUGUUGUUCAGAUAAAGUCUGUAGACAGAGAUGUUACUACUGUUCGUACGACUACCAGUGUGGAACGAAUGAGCAAUGCUGUAAUAACAAAUGAACCCGUAGUUCGUCCACUUGUUCCUGUUCUUACGACUACCAGUGUCAAAUUAGCGAGCAGUGCUUUAAUAGCAAAUGCAUCAGUAGUUCGUCUUCUUGUACCUGUUCGUACGACUACCAAUGUGGAUCGAGCAAGAAAUGCUGUAAUGGCAAAUACAUUAGUAGUUUGUCUUCUUGUUCCUGUUCGUACGACUACCAAUGUGGAUCGAGCAAGAAGUGCUGUAAUGGCAAAUGCAUUAGUAGUUUGUCUUCUUGUUCCUGUUCGUACGACUACCAAUGUGGAUCGAGCAAGAAGUGCUGUAAUAGCAAAUGCAUUAGUAGUUCGUCUUCUUGUUACUGUACGUACGACUCCGAUUGUAACAUUGGAGAGGAUUGUUGUGGGGGAGUUUGUUCGUCAUCAUACUGUGGUUGGAGUGGCGGAGCUAUUGCAGGCGCUAUUAUCGGCACAAUUAUAUUCUUCGCCAUCAUCAUUUCCAUUGUGUCCUGUCUCUGCUGUGCUUGUUGCCCCUACUACCGCUAUCGUACACCCGGCACUGUGGUCGUCACCGGCCAACAGCCACAACAACAAAUGGUCUCAACUCACACACACUUGACGACGCAACAAGUACAUGUUCCUCCGUUGGUGAACUACAAUCAGCCUCCUCCAGCUGGUUACAACCUGCCUCCUGAAGGCUUUAGUCAGGCACCUCCGCCUUACCCGAGCUAUCCACCGCCACCAAACCAAUAUCCUCCACCGCCGGGACAAGCUCAAGCGGCGCCGAUGCCGGCUGCAAUAAACGCUGGACAACCGAACAAGGUCUAA